AUGGGUCGAAUAUUCCUUGAGCAUAUUGGAGGAUCCCGCAUGUUUUCUUGUGCAGGUUGCGAUACCAUUUUAACAAACAGAAAUGAACUGAUCAGUACAAGAUUUACCGGAGCAACUGGAAGAGCCUUUCUUUUUAACAAAGUUGUCAAUUUAACAUAUAGUGAGGUUCAAGACCGUGUGAUGCUAACAGGGCGGCAUAUGGUCAGAGAUGUUUCAUGUAAAAACUGUGAAGCAAAACUUGGUUGGAUAUAUGAAUUUGCAACAGAAGAAAACCAGCGUUACAAGGAAGGACGUGUAAUACUUGAAAGAGCUUUGGUGACAGAAAGUGAUGGAGUAGAUGAUUAUGUUGCAAAUCACUGA